CGUCGGCGCAACCCGGAUGUGUCAACUUCUCGUGGUGGUGUUAGCGUUAGCAUAAAUUAGCCUCUCUUUUCCAGUCCAGCAUGGAGAAAACAAGCGAUGGGACGUGGGGCAGCUUAGCUGUUAAAUUAAACGACAACAUCUUGGAGACACUCCGGGAACUCCAAUUCACGCACAUGACGCCCGUGCAGGCUGCCUGUAUCCCCCUUUUCAUGAGCAACAAGGAUGUCGCUGCCGAGGCGGUCACUGGGAGCGGGAAGACACUGGCGUUCGUCAUUCCUAUUCUGGAAGUUCUGCUCAGGAGAGAAGAGAAGCUCAAGAAGAUGCAGGUGGGGGCGCUGGUGGUCACGCCCACACGCGAGCUUGCCAUACAGAUCGGCGAAGUGAUUGGGCGUUUCCUCCAGAGGUUCCCGCAGUUCACGCAGAUGUUGAUGAUCGGCGGCAACAACCCGAUGGAGGAUGUGGAGAAAUUCAAGAAAAAUGGGGCCAACAUCGUUGUGGGCACGCCUGGCCGCCUCGAGGACAUGUUCCGCAGGAAAUGCAACGGCGUGGACUUGGCCGGCUCGGUCAAGAGUCUAGAUGUGCUGGUUCUGGACGAGGCUGACAGACUUCUAGACAUGGGCUUUGAAAACAGUUUGAACACCAUUUUGAGCUUCCUGCCCAAGCAGCGGCGCACCGGAUUAUUCUCGGCCACGCAGACGCAGGAAGUGGAAAAGCUUGUCCGAGCCGGACUACGGAACCCUAUGCGGAUCGCCGUCAAGGAGAAGCCGGGUGCCGGUACCACCCGCAAAACGCCUGCCGCGCUCCGCAACUACUACACGGUUUGUCGCGCUGACGAAAAGUUCAACGCGUUGGUGGCGUUUCUGCGGCAACACAAACAUCACAAGCAGCUGGUCUUCUUUAGCACAUGCGCCUGCGUGGAGUACUUUGGCCGCGCUCUGGAGAAUUUGGUGAAGAAGGUCCCUGUCCACUGCAUCCACGGCAAAAUGAAACACAAACGCAACAAAAUUUUCGCCGACUUUCGGGCCCUCAAAAGCGGCAUCCUGGUGUGCACGGACGUGAUGGCGCGCGGCAUCGACAUCCCGGACGUGGAGUGGGUGCUGCAGUACGACCCGCCCAGCAGUGCCAGUGCUUUCGUACACCGCUGUGGUCGCACGGCACGCAUCGGUAACAGCGGCAACGCUUUAGUCUUUUUGUUGCCCAUGGAAGAGUCCUAUGUCAACUUCCUGUCCAUCAACCAGAAGUGCCCACUUCAGAAAAUGGCUGCCGUGAGCGACGUGGUGGACGUGCUGCCCAAAGUGAAGGCGCUGGCGCAAGCGGACCGCGCCAUGUUUGACAAGGGCAUGAGGGCGUUCGUGUCGUAUGUACAGGCUUACGCCAAGCACGAGUGCAGCCUGAUCUUCAGGAUUAAAGAUUUGGACUUUUCCUCGGUGGCCCGCGGCUUCGCGCUCCUUCGCCUACCCAAGAUGCCGGAACUGCGUGGGAAAAGUUUCCCAGACUUCCAGCCGGCGCCGCUGGACACUGAGUCAAUUCGCUACAAGGACAAACAGCGCGAGAAGCUGCGGCAAAAGACACUGGCCGAGCUGAAAGAGCGGCAGCAGCAGGAGGACGGCAAGCGCCCGGGCCCCAAACCCGUCCGGAACCAAGCGUGGUCCAAACAGAAAGCUAAAAAGGAAAGGCGAGCCAAGAACGCCGCCAAGAGAAAACGUGCGCAGGUCGACGACGACAAAGAAAUGCAGGAGCUUCUUAAGGACACUCGCCUGCUGAAGAAAUUGAAGAAGGGGCAAAUCUGUGAGGAGGACUUUGAACGGGAGAUCACCGGCGGGACGUUUCAUUAACUAAUUGGAUGCCAUUGCCAAUGUCCAAUCCUAGUUCAAAUGUAACGAAUGGCAGUGAACGAGUUGAUUGAUCUGGCACUUUAACCAGAUCACCUUUGUUUACCCUGAAUGUCAGCGAAUGACAUACAGACGCAUUCAGUUUUUUUUCCCCUUUUUGUCUUUUAUUUCGUAUUUAUAAAUACAGUUUGAUUAGCUCAUCGCUGACAGCCGACGGCGUGAGGACGCCAAGGUCGGUAAAGAGUAGCGUGAUGAGCGAGGGCGGCGUGUAGUCCACCAGGGGGUGCUCCUCCGACAGGUUGCAUUGGGUCUUCAACGUGUCCGCCUUGUACUGAAAAUGCAUGUAGGUCAUGAGUCAAUGCUGGAUACCUCACAAUAUGAUUUGCCGUACAAGGCACACAAUAACUUCACACAAUUAGGCAUGUGCCGGUAUGAAAUUAUGACGGUACGAUAACCGUCAGCAAAAAUACCGCGGUUUCACAAUUAUAUAUAAUAUUAGGGCUGUCAAAAUUAUCGCAUUAACGAGCGGUAAUUAAUUAAUCCCAUUCAAAUAUUUAACGCACAAAUGCCCCGCUCAAACAGAUUAAAAUGAGAGUUCAGUGAAAUGUGUACUUGUUGUGUUUUUCGGAGUUUUGCCGCCCUCUGCUGGCGCUUGGGUGCGACUGAUUUUAUAGGCUUCAGCACCCAUGAGUAUUGUGUAAGUAAUUAUUGACAUCAACAAUGGCGGGCUACUAGUUUAUUUUUUGAUUGAAAAUUUUACAAAUGUUAUUAAAACGAAAAUAUGAAGAGGGGUUUUAAUAUAAAAUUUAACUUGUCUUUUAAGAACUACAAGUCUUUAUCUAUGGAUUGCUUUAAAAGAAUGUUAAUAAUGGUAAUGCCAUCUUGUUGAUUUAUUGUUAUAGUAAAAUUCAGUACUUAUGUACCGUAUGUUGAAUGUAUAUAUCCAUCUUGUGUCUUAUCUUUCCAUUCUAACAAUUUACAGAAAAAUAUGGCAUAUUUUAUAGAUGGUUUGAAUUGCGAUUAAUUACGAUAAAUUUUUAAGCUGUAAUGAACUCGAUUAAAAAUUUUAAUCGUUCGACACCCCUAAAAUAUAUUCAUGUCUUUUUUUAUACUUUGGGGGGGGAUGAAAAAAAAAAGUCUUACAAAUUUGAAUAAAUACAUUGAACACAAGGCAAAAAAAAAAUUGGGGGGGGUAGUGUGGGGCACUACGUCGAGGUUUAUUACUUAUCGCGGCAGGUUUCGGUCCCUGUUACCGUGAGAACUGAGGGAUUGCUGUACAUAUUUUUAAGUAAUAAAAUAAUAAUUUUCUAUUUCAAUCUAUCCUGAAAAUAUUUUUGUGAAAAUUGGGGGUGUGGGGGUUCACAUUUCUCAAAAACACCAAAAGCAUUUAGUCAAAUUUUUCAUUUUCUGUGUAUCUAACAAUGUUUUAUAACUUAUUUUUAAAUCAGAAUAAAAUACAAGUAAAAGUUUUUUUAAAAGUUUACUAUUAAGCCUUUUAAAACUGUGGAUUUGGAUAAUUUUGAAGUCAGAAAUGUAAACAACUAGCAGUCAUAAGUGUCCAUUAAUUUGAUAAUAGAUUUGAAGUGGCAGCUCUUUUUUUCAUCGACGCUACAGUGAAGUUUGUGAGCUCUCACCUUAAACUUAUCUGGCACAUCCUGCUGGUUGAGCGGGUAGAGGCGCACAAACUUGAAGCUCUCUGCCACCACGUAGAAAGGCUUGUUGUGCGCUUUGGCACAUACCGCCAUCUGGUACGUGCCGAUCUAGACAAACGUAAGAUGAGCUUGACGAACAAACAACAGAGGUUAAAACGAAUCGCCAACCUUGUUGAUGAUGCCACCGCUUUCCACCACGCCUUCUGCACCCACGAUCACUUGAUCCACUUUCUCCAAGAUAUAUCUGAGAACACAUAGUAGCCGAUAAAAUCCAAAUUGACAAAGUCACCACCACCAACAACACGUUUAAUCGCAAAUCCUCAUUUUUUUCAAGCUGUUUCUAAUGGGUUUAUAAUGGAAAAAAGACCAAUAAAAUGGUGAUAUACAGUCAUGGAAAAAGUACUUGAACACCCUGCGAUUAUGCAAGUUCUCCAACUUAGAAAUGAUGGGCAGGUCUGAUUUUUUCAUGGUAGGUGCUUGUCCAAUGUUAGAGAGAGAAUCUAAAAAAAAAAUCCAUAAAUUCCAGUUUGUUUUUUUUAACAAUUUAAGGAUCGCUUUAAGAGAAUGUUAAUAAUGGUAAUGCCAUCUUGUUGAUUUAUUGUUAUAAUAAACAAAUACAGUACUUAUGUAUCGUAUGUUGAAUGUAUAUAUCCGUCUUGUGUCUUAUCUUUCCAUUCCAACAAUAAUUUACAGAAAAAUAUGGCAUAUUUUAGAAAUGGUUUGAAUUGCGAUUAAUUACGAUUAAUUAUUUAAGCUGUAAUUAACGCGAUUAAAAACCUAACUAAUCGUUUGACAGUCCUAAUAUAUAAUUUAGGGCUGCAGCUAUCGAAUAUUUUAGUAAUCGACUGAAAAUUCUAUCGAUUAAUCGAGUAAUCGGAUAAAACAAAUAUAUUUUUAGGUGAAGAGCAAUUAUAAAUAUACAUGAGAAAACAAGACAUUUCAUCUAAUCUUGAACCAUUUUCAGUCAAUCAAUGUCUUUAUUUUCGAUGUAUACUGUUGAAAACAGCCAACAAUUGCAUCUCAGAUGUAACUAGAAUAAAAAAAAAAGACUUUAAUUCACUGAUUUCACUCAAAAAACCAUUACAUCUUAUAAAAACAAAAAUAUAUAUAUAUAUAUACACAUAUAUACAUAUACAUAUAUAUAUAUAUAUUAGGGCUGUCAAAAUUAUCGCGUUAACGCGCGGUAAUUUUUUUUUUUUAAUUAAUCACGUUAAAAUAUUUGACGCAAUUAACGCACACGUCCCGCUCAGAAAGUAUUCUGCCUUUUGUUAAGUUCUACAGCAAGACUUUUUGUGCUGUCCAACAGCGAACUCUUGUGGUCGCUUUGCGACAUGGUUUAUUGUUUUCUUUCCAGUUUAUUAUGGCUGCACGACGUCUCGGGCUGAUAAUGUUGUGCUUAUAUGAUCCUUGGACAAGAUUUGUCCGUAAGUAUGGUUGUUGUAAAGAAUGUACAUAUUAUGUUAGUAAGCGAAAUGUUAUAUUUUUUGUAUUAGACGCUUUUUGUUUAUGUUUAGUGAACCUGUAUAGCGUGCUAAGCUAACGUUGUUGCUAAUGCAAUGCUUGUGUAGUUUUUUUUGUAGUUUUACGACGGUCUAAAGAGUACAAUGGUUUUAGGCCAUUUUAUUAAUAAAUCAGAUGAAAAAGGAAGAAGUCUGAUUAUUAAGGCGUCGUUCACUAGCUGUCUAGCUUUGGAAAAAGUAGACGCUUCGGAGUGAGGACAGCAUAGACAGAUUUAAAUGACAGUAGAGUGAAAUGCCCACUACAGUCCUUUUGUACCAUAUGAUGAAUGUAUAUAUCCAUCUUGUUUCUUAUCUUUCCAUUCCAACAAUUUAUUUUACAGAAAAUAUACAUAAUUUACAGAAAAAU